AGGAGAGGUCUAGGUUUAAGUGUGGGGAAAGUGCUUUGGAAGUACGUCGGAAUGGCGGCUCCCGUGGACGAUGCGGAACUGCGAGAAGCUCAGCGAGACUACCUGGAUUUCUUGGACGACGAGGAGGACCAGGGGAUUUACCAGAGUAAAGUCCGGAGCAUGAUUAGUGACAAUGAGUACCGCUUGAUUGUUAAUAUCAAUGAUCUCCGAAGGAAGAAUGAGAAGAGAGCAAAUCGCCUGCUGAACAAUGCCUUUGAAGAGAUGGUGGCGUUCCAGCGUGCCCUGAAAGACUUGGUUGCUUCUGUGGACACCACAUACUCUAAGCAACAUGAAGAGUUUUACAUCGGUCUUGAGGGUAGCUUCGGGUCAAAGCAUGUGACACCCCGGACUCUGACGUCCCAGUUUCUCAGCUGCGUUGUCUGCGUGGAGGGCAUUGUGACAAAAUGUUCUUUGGUGCGCCCCAAAAUUGUCCGCAGUGUGCAUUACUGCCCAGCUACCAAGAAGACCAUUGAGCGUCGGUAUACAGAUAUGACAUCUCUGGAAGCUUUUCCAUCCACUGCCGUUUACCCCACAAAGGAUGAAGAGAACAACCCCCUUGAGACAGAAUACGGCCUGUCUUCCUACAAGGACCAUCAAACCAUCGCGAUCCAAGAGAUGCCAGAGAAAGCACCCGCCGGGCAGCUCCCUCGCUCUGUGGAUGUCAUUUUGGAUGACGAUUUGGUGGACACGGUCAAGCCAGGGGACAGAGUGCAGGUCAUCGGAACCUUCCGUUGCUUGCCAGGGAAGAAAGGGGGCUACACAUCGGGGACGUUCAGGACCAUUCUGAUCGCUUGUCACGUGAAGCAGAUGAACAAGGAGGCUCAGCCUACAUUCCUGGGAAGUGACAUUCCCAAGAUAAAGCGGUUUAGCAAAAGCCACUCCAAGGAAAUCUUCGACCAGCUGGCAAGGUCUCUGGCUCCCAGUAUUCAUGGGCACGAGUAUAUCAAGAAGGCCAUUCUCUGCAUGCUGCUAGGUGGGGUGGAGAAGGUGCUGGAAAACGGGAGCCGCCUCCGAGGGGACAUCAACAUCCUGCUCAUUGGUGACCCCUCGGUCGCUAAGUCUCAGUUGCUGCGUUACGUGUUGUGUACUGCUCCCCGGGCCAUUCCCACAACGGGCAGGGGCUCUUCUGGAGUUGGUCUGACAGCUGCGGUCACUACAGACCAGGAAACUGGAGAGCGUUGCCUGGAAGCAGGCGCCAUGGUCCUGGCAGACCGGGGGGUGGUGUGCAUUGACGAGUUCGACAAGAUGUCCGAUAUUGACCGCACGGCUAUCCAUGAGGUUAUGGAACAGGGGCACGUGACUAUUACCAAGGCAGGCAUUCAGGCCCAGCUCAAUGCCCGCUGCAGUGUUCUCGCAGCUGCCAAUCCGGUGUAUGGAAGGUAUGACCAGUACAAAACCCCCAUGGAGAACAUCGGCCUUCAGGAUUCCUUGCUCUCUCGAUUCGAUCUGCUCUUCAUUGUCUUGGAUCAGAUGGAUCCAGAGCAGGAUCGGGAGAUCUCAGACCAUGUUUUGCGGAUGCAUCGUUACCGAGCAGCUGGCGAACAAGAUGGGGAUGUCAUGCCUUUGGGCAGCUCAGUCGAUCGGCUGGCCACAGAGGACCCUGGCCUUGCAGAGGAGGAAGAGCAGGAGCUGCAGGUAUAUGAAAAACAUGACGAUAUUCUACAUGGGCCCAAGAGGCGGAAAGAGAAGGUCGUUAGCAUGGAGUUCAUGAGGAAAUACAUCACUUUUGCCAAGAUGCUGAAGCCGGUGUUGACUGAGGAGGCGGCAUCCUUCAUAGCCAAGUCCUACUCUGAGCUCCGCGGUCAGCAAGAGGCCACCUCCGAUGUGGCUCGGACUUGCCCUAUCACAGCCCGUACACUGGAAACGCUGAUCCGACUCUCCACCGCACAUGCUAAAGCCCGGAUGUGCAAAACAAUAGAUGAAAUUGAUGCCAGAGCGGCUUUGGAUCUGGUGCAAUUUGCCUACUUCAAAAAGGUUCUGGAAAAAGAAAAGAAGCGGAAGAAGCAAGCCAGAGAUGAUACAGACCAAGAAACGGAUGAUGAAGCUGAACAGGAAACUGAAACAAGGCAGAAAAAGAGAAGGAAGACACGUUCUGGUGAUCAGAAGGCUGCCGAAGGGGAAUCGCAUGAUCCCUAUGACUUCAGCGACACUGAAGAGGAAAUGCCUGAGGUUCAGGCACGCACUCCCAAGUCUCCUGAUCCUUCAAGCACUGGAGAGACUAAAACAAAGUUGGCUGAAUCGAGGCUGAAAGAAUUCAAGGCUGCCCUUCUGGAGGUGUUCAAGUCUACUCAUGCUCAGUCUGUGGGUCUGAAGAACGUGAUGAAGUCUAUUAACCAGGACAAUCCGAAGCCCUUCUCGUCUUCCGAAGUCAAGGUGGCGCUGGACCAGAUGCAAGAUGACAACCAGAUCAUGAUGUCAGAUGACAUCAUUUUCCUGAUCUAAGCCUGUCCCCUAGGAGGAAGCAGAGACUCCCUUCUCCCCAUGUGAGGCUACUUUGGGUGGAAGCUUCCCCUCCCCGCCCCCCAUCCUAUCGAGGAAAGCUUGGCUUGGCUUUGCUGAUCAGAACCAUAUAGAUGAAAAGAACUGGGUUUUCACCUUGGCUCUUUGUGUAUGAGGAAAGCUGGAACUGGUCAUUUAGCUUUGGAAGGACAUCUUGUAGAUUUGCUAUUUCAAGGGAGGAAAAAAUCUUUUUUUCCCAAAGUACUUAAAAUCUCUGUACUUCUUGUCUGCCACUUUAAUCAGUGUGUCCUAAAUAAAUGAGUGUGUUGGAAGAAACAUCCCUGCCAAGUUCCCAGGGUUGAAAUGUUUUCACUACGGAGGCUGCUAUAGCACCAUCAGGCCGCUUCCCGCUUCUCGUCUUUCUUCCCUUAACUACGCAGUGAAUUCAUGCUUAAAUUAUAUAACUAAAGUUUAAUGCACAAACUUCACUGUGUGAUAGGAACUUUUUAAAUAAGCCCAAAUUUCGCAAUGUUUUUGUUAAUGAAGUGAUUAAAGUGUAUUUACA